AUGUCUUCAAUUAGCGCUUCAAAUUAUCAGCCAGCAUCAUGGGGAGGUCAAAAUUCUGGUUCAAAUGAUUUUGCAGAUAUUCUUUUACCUACAGGCAGUGCUAGUUCUACUUCUGGAGAUCCAACAGUGAUAUUUGGCGCAGAUUUAGUGGAUAAUGCUAAUGGUUAUAAUAAUGAAUCACCUCCUGAAAUACCAAAACCAUUAUCUGGUAAUAGUGGAAUAAACUCUGUGUUUGAUAAUAAUCAGAGUUAUUCUUCAAUGGAUGGUAUGAAUAGAUCAUAUGCUGGGAAUAGUUAUGGGUUCCCUUAUAGUAUGGGUGCUGGAAACGGAUUUGGAUCCAUGUAUGGGUCAGGAUUUGGAUCCAUGUAUGGUGGAGGUUAUGGUGGGAUGUAUCCAAAUAAUAUGGGUAAUAACAAUGUAGGGAGCUCUACACAGGCUACUUUCCAACUUAUUGAAAGUUUAAUAGGAGCCGUAGCUGGUUUUGCUCAAAUGUUAGAAUCUACUUAUAUGGCUACUCACAAUUCAUUCUUUACAUUGAUUUCGAUAGCUGAACAAUUUAGGUACUUAAAAGAUGUUUUAGGAUCAGCACUUGGCAUCUUUACUGUAAUGAAAUUUCUCAAGAAAAUAUUAUACGUAAUUACAAAAGGAAAAUUGGGUCUACCUCCAACAUCUAAAAGAUUACUAAAUAGUAAAUCAAGAUUAAUGGUAGAUGAAUUUGAAAAAUUUCAGUCUGGGAAUAAUCAACAGGGUAAAAGACCAAGGAUUGCUUGGAAACCAUUUUUAUUCUUCAUUAUCUCUGCAGUUGGUUUUCCAUUUGUUUUGAAUAAAUUAAUUGCCAAAAUUGAAAUAAACCAAAAGAAGAAUUUGACAGAUUCUAUUGAUUUCUCUAAGCUAAUCUUUGCAAGAGCAAUGUUUGAUUUUACUCCAGAAAAUCCAAAUGUUGAAGUAAUGUUAAAAAAAGGGGAAUUAAUGGCCAUUAUUAGUAAAAAGGAUCCUUCUGGUAAUGAUUCUGAAUGGUGGAAAGUUAGAACUAAAAGUGGACAGAUUGGAUAUGUUCCAGGUAAUUAUUUGGAAAUCAUUGAGAGAAAAAAUAAGAUUGAAAACAUUCAAGAAUAA